GAGGACCUUCAACUGGAUUUAAAAGCAUAUGGAAAAUUUGCUGCAUAGCUGUCAUUUCUCUUCAAGUCAAACGUGUCAAAUGUUUUCGUCCUUCAAGGCGUCCCGUCGACGUCUCAAAAUUGGAGCAAGUUUUACGCAUGCGCAGUAACCCGCAACGCUGAACUUGCCAACAAAGCUAACCAGAGCAGAAAGCUAACGCGACUGCGUUUAAAAAAAAAAUGUGUAAAGUCCGAAUUUUGAGAACGUUGAUGAAGCAGCGACUAAACGUGGCUGUCGAUGAGAUAUUUGAACUGUUUGAGAGAACCAUAGCGGAGUACGAGGAGGAGCUUUGUCGGACCAAAGAGGAAAAAGAGCGACAAGGCGAACUACUGCACGCUGUUCUUAAACCUCAAGUUCUACUACACAGAGCAGUCAUCCCAACAUCCCAUCUGCAUUUGCUUCCCUCGUCUGGCGAAGACAUUCAGCAGAUGUCGGCGGAUAGUCAAGAAGAAAAGCAGCAGGAGGAGGAGACGGCAGAGCCCCCCCACAUUAAGAAAGAGGAGGAUGGAGAGUCGCUUCAAUGCCCGAAAGACGAUGCUGAUAUCAACACGUUCGUAUGGACUGGUGUCCACGUGAAGUGCGAAGUUGAUGAAGGUCAAUCGUCACAGCUUCGUCACACUCCGCAUGAGAAUUUAAGUCAACGCGCGAUAACAGAAAGUGAUGGAGUACUCUGUGAAGCGUCACAGACAGGCUACAUUGCUCCACUCUCAGAUAUGGAUGACGUGUCAAACUCCUCUGACACUGAUCACAGCGACACCGAACCUUUGGAGACUCAAAACAAAUCGAAAGGCCGUUUGACGCAUCACGCUGUCCGCAAUAAAUUCAACUGCUCUCAAUGUGAGAAAACGUUUGCCAACAAAAGAGCGUUGAAAAGUCACGCGGUAUCGCACAUGGGAGUGAAACCUUUCGCUUGCUCCCUUUGCGAGAAAAGAUUCUCCUUCAAACGGAAUGUCAAAAGACACAUGAGAAGGCAUACGGGGGAGAAACCCUUUACAUGCUCUGUUUGCGCGCGAAGGUUUCACGACAAAGAUGACAUGAAGACACACAUGACGAUACACACUGGUGUGAAACCUUUCCCGUGCGCGGUUUGCGGCAAAACGUUUUCUCGUCAGUCGUAUUUGCGGACGCACAUAAGAACGCACACCGGGGAGAAGCCCUUUACGUGCGCAGUUUGUGCGAAGCGCUUCGCUCGUACGACGUCGCUCAGAAGACAUGCGAGGAAACACUCAGCGGAGAAACCUCUCGGUUGCUCAGGUGAACGCAUGACCCAACAGAAGCUGACGGGGAAUACUUGAACUACUCCGAAUGUGUCAAAAUGUUUUGAAAACACCUGUGAGGACGGGCACUGAGAAACAAUGGGGGAAAUGGUAGGGCUGAAGCAUUUGAAAAUGAAAAGAAUCUAAUUGUGGGUUUUUUGUUGUUGUUGUUGUUGUUUUCAAAAUUGUAUUCCACUACACUGUGAUUGUUGCUUUGAAUUCAACAAAUUGUUUCGCCCUACUAUUUAAGUUGGUUAAUAGUGUAUGGGUUGGUUCUCUGUGGGCGGCCCAAGUACUAUUAUUACUCUAAUUGGCUUUUUUUUUAACUUAAAAAUUGGAUGAGUGUUGGUUUUGUA